GCGCUCCGUGCUCGCUUCAUCGCCUUCUCCUCCUCCUCCGGCAGCCCGUCGUCAUCGUCGCGGAAUAAUUAGGAAAAUAGAUCGUCUGAUACACGGUUAAAAUUCGGUAUGCCUCGAUCUGUGGGAAUAUGUGCGUCAUUCCAUUGAAGUGAGAUUAAUUAAGGCGGAGGUAAAAAGGAAAGAAAAGCACAAAGAGAACUAACGAGGAAGAGACGUGCUUGUUAAAGACCGACGACGUGAGGCAGACGCGUUUAAAUAACCCUAUAAAAUAAAUUCUGUGUUUUGGUGGCGCGACUCCAUUUUAUAUCUACCACUACCCACCACACAGUCCCGCGAUAACGGGUAAUUUCAGAUGCCUUGUUUUCCUGCAAAUAACCGACAUUGACUGGUCGCUCGUUCCCCGUUGUUUCUCACCGUCGAGCGAGCGUCGAUAUUAUUCCUCGAACCCACCAUUGCGAAAUACACGUCGCCCCCGCGCCCGCCCCUGGCCUCGAUGCGUGAAUGACACCGUUAAAGCUUUGUAAAUGUGCGUACGGAGAUCGAGAUUUUCGCUGACUCGAUUUUAUAGUGUUGGUAGUAAUAAUACCGAAGUGUCAAGCUGAACGAAGACCCUUGAGGAGAUUUUUUACUACUGAAAAUGAUGAAGAGCGGUGCGACCCACAAGAGAGAAAAAAUGCGGAUACGCGCGUUUCCGAUGACCAUGGACGAGAAAUAUGUGGAGAGCAUUUGGGCACUGUUGAAGAACGCCAUACAAGAAAUACAAAAGAAAAACAACUCCGGCCUGAGUUUUGAGGAGCUGUACCGAAAUGCAUACACCAUGGUCCUUCACAAGCAUGGCGAGCGUUUGUACACCGGGUUGAAAGAAGUUGUUACGCAGCACCUGGAGUCGAAAGUUCGGGAAGACGUGCUACGCUCCCUUCACAACAAUUUUCUCCAGACACUGAAUCAGGCUUGGAACGAUCAUCAGACCUCUAUGGUUAUGAUCAGGGAUAUACUAAUGUACAUGGAUAGGGUUUAUGUGCAACAGCAUGAUGUCGACAACGUCUACAACUUGGGCCUAAUCAUAUUCAGGGAUCAGGUAGUCAGGUACGGCUGCGUGAGGGAUCAUCUACGCGAGACGCUCCUGGGCAUGGUAGCGAGAGAGAGAAGGGGGGAGGUCGUUGAUCGAAUCGCGAUAAAGAAUGCAUGUCAAAUGCUAAUGCUGCUCGGUAUAAACUGUCGCCAAGUUUACGAAGAGGAUUUCGAGAGGCCUUUCUUACAACAGAGCGCUGAAUUUUACAGGAUGGAGUCGCAAAAGUUCCUUGGCGAGAACAGCGCCUCAGUCUACAUAAAGAAAGUUGAAGCUAGAAUUCUUGAAGAGUCAGAACGGGCGAAGCACUAUCUGGACGAAUCCACAGAGCCAAGGAUAGUCAAAGUGGUGGAAGAAGAGUUGAUUAAAAUACACAUGAGAACCAUCGUUGAGAUGGAGAACAGUGGUGUGGUGCAUAUGUUGAAGAACCAGAAAACUGAAGACCUUGGUUGCAUGUACAAAUUAUUCGCGAGAGUAACAGACGGAUUGCGCACUGUAUCAGAUUGUGUGUCGCAAUUCCUCAGAGAGCAAGGACGCGCCUUGGUCCAAGAAGAGCAUGAGCCAACCACAAACGCAAUACACUUUGUGCAAAAUCUGCUGGACUUGAAAGAUCGUUUCGACCAUUUCCUGCACCACUCAUUUAACAAUGAUAAACUAUUCAAGCAAAUGAUCGCGUCUGAUUUUGAACACUUUCUCAAUCUAAAUUCAAAGAGCCCUGAGUAUCUUUCUCUCUUUAUCGAUGACAAAUUAAAAAAAGGUGUAAAGGGGAUGACAGAGCAGGAGAUCGAAGGCGUGCUUGACAAGACAAUGGUUCUCUUCAGGUUCCUGCAAGAGAAGGAUGUCUUUGAGCGAUACUAUAAACAGCAUUUAGCCAAGCGGUUGCUUCUGAAUAAGUCCGUCUCCGAUGACAGUGAAAAGAAUAUGAUCUCAAAGCUAAAGACUGAAUGCGGUUGCCAGUUUACAUCAAAGCUGGAAGGAAUGUUCAAGGAUAUGACGGUCAGCAAUACUAUAAUGGAAGAGUUCAAGGAACACGUAUUGACGUCUGGCACAAGUCUACACGGCGUUGAUCUGAGCGUGAGGGUUCUGACAACAGGAUUUUGGCCAACACAGUCAGCAACACCGAAUUGCAGUGUGCCCUCGGCGCCAAGAGAAGCUUUUGAUGCUUUUCGAUGUUUCUACUUGGCCAAGCAUAGCGGUCGUCAACUGACAUUACAACCACAAUUGGGUUCGGCUGACCUUAAUGCGGUUUUCCAUGGGCCUCGGAAGGAAGACAGUAAUGGCGGAAGCGUGGACGCUCCCUCGUCAUCUACCACAUUGGGCAACGGAAGUGGCAGUCUUUUAAGUCAGCGGGGAAGCAGCUGUGGAAAUCCGCGCAAACAUAUUAUCCAAGUAUCGACGUACCAGAUGUGCGUACUCAUGCUCUUCAACAACAGAGAUCGACUCACUUACGAGGAAAUUCAGAAUGAAACUGACAUCCCUGAGCGAGAUUUAGUCCGAGCAUUACAAUCUCUGGCAAUGGGGAAGGCGACUCAGCGAGUUCUCCUCAAACAUCCCAAAACCAAAGAGAUUGAGCCAACACACUGCUUCAGUGUCAAUGAUAGUUUCACCAGUAAGCUUCAUCGAGUAAAAAUCCAGACGGUUGCGGCGAAAGGAGAGUCCGAGCCUGAGAGAAGAGAGACGAGGAACAAGGUUGACGAAGAUCGAAAGCACGAAAUAGAAGCGGCGAUCGUGCGAAUUAUGAAGGCACGCAAACGCAUGACACACAACAUUCUCGUGACGGAAGUCACGGAGCAGCUUCGAGUACGAUUCCUGCCCUCACCUGUCAUCAUCAAGAAACGCAUCGAAGGGCUGAUAGAACGUGAUUAUCUGGCCCGCACGGAAGACAGGAAAGUCUACACUUACGUGGCUUGAACACUGCCCCAAGCAUCCCCAAGUUUGUACAAUUGCGUAAGUGGCCACCCCAACAUAUUAGGCACGGUAUUUACAAUCUCGUAUUAGUAUCAAGCCUGCGCGUAUUUAAUUAUUCGGAUAUUUCCUCGGCAAUCGUUGUUAUUAUAUUAUCCUUCCCCCUUAUCAUAGAGAUUUAAAAAGAAUAAACGAAAUUUUUUACAUUCGAUACCGAGUUGUUUCAAAUAUAUAUACUAUGUACACAUACGGCCGUCGGCAAGGGUAACUGCGUAGAGAACGCACGACGUGUACUUCAUGAACCAAACUGGGUAUUUCUGGGGAAUUGUUAUGCCCCAAAGAAGUUCUAUAAUUGCUCAUCGUUGUCACAUGACUGUCAACUAGUCUCGUAUCAACUAAUCGAACACAACUGCUUUGUGCAAUACAAAUUUCCUCUGCACAUUCCAAGUCUUUUAAAAUCAAUUUGUGUUCAAAGUCUGCACGAAUACUUUCUCCGUACUCUUCGUUUUAUUUGUUUUGAUUCGGUUUUGCUAUUUUCUUUUGUUUUGUCACAUGUGACAGUGAUGAGUGGUUAACGGUAACGGACGUUUGUAGAGUGUAACAUAAGAUCUAUAAUAAUGAAAUCAAAACAUUAAGAUAUACUUCAUUUAUUUAUUUUUAUUUUUUCCAGAAUCUAUCGACUCUGAUAUUAAGAACUCUGAGUCGAAAUAAAAUGAAUUGAUCGUAUAAAAUCUGUAACUAAUUUGAGAAAGAAAAAACUCGCCAACGGUAAACAAUAUAGAUUUAAUUAUUAUAAAGAAUUUAAAUUAUUCCAGAUGCAUUAACGAAUUAUACUUGCGUACAUUUUACGUGUUAUACUUCCGCCCUACCCUUGUCCCGUUUCAUGUCCACUUCCUCUCUGAAUAAUUCCUUGUAGAAUUUGGCUCUUGCAAAAACUAUAAAAUAAUAUACACAGGUAUAUUGUCGUGGGUAACACAGCGACUGCCUAUACCUAAUUUGUUACGAACGCGACUGUAGAAAUUGAGUGCGAAUGUGCGUAUAUAAUAUAUGCGAAAAUUUUUUUUUUGACUGGUUGUAUAAGUAAGGUGUGUCUGAGUAUGUAUCUUCAAACUAUUGUAUAUGAUAAUGAAAAAAACGUUGUAUCAAUAAAUGGAUUUAAAUACA